GCCCUCCGGGGCGGUGGGCGGGGCUGCGCCUGACGGAGAGGCUCCCGACCUGCGCGCAGGUACCGGGCGGGAGUCCCGGGGACCCGGCCGCCGCCCGCUGUCCGGGGCCACGGUCCCGAAUCCCGAGCGCCGGCUGCCCGGCGACUCCGAGUCAAGGCACUGAUGUUUGAACUGGAAGCUUCAAAACUUUUAAAAAGAACCUUCAGGAUGGCUUUGAAGUGGACAAGCUAGAAAUUUCUUCAGAAUACCACCUCCAGCAUUCAUCUGCCCCCUGGGCCUUCCUGGAGAGGAACUUGAAGAGGUCAUUCUGCCACGCUGUGGCUCUUGGAACCAGCCUAGUAGACUUGACUUUUCUGCUAGGAUUCUCUUUCUUUAUUAUAUUCUCUCAGAGUUGUAAGAUGGGCAGAAGAGGUAUUCAUGAAACCGAAGGGCCUGCAAGGAAGGCAGGUGACACUUUCAUGCUAAAUGAAAACUAAGCAGGUGGCAGUUGUGACUGACAACACUUAAGCCUACUACGUCUGGAUUCUCUGGAUUGGGGAGAGGGGGUGACAGCCACAGCUGGGGAGAAAGAAGUGAUACUGGGAAAAAAAAAAGCCAAACAAAGAGAAUGAGGACUGCUGCUAAGUAAAUGGCCACCUCCACCUCCACGGAGCCAACGUCAGCCUCUUGGUGGAACUAUUUUUUUCUUUAUGAUGGUUCCAAGGUAAAGGAAGAAGGAGAUCCAACAAGAGCUGGCAUUUGCUAUUUUUAUCCUUCCCAGACCCUGCUCGAUCAACAGGAGUUUCUCUGUGGACAGAUAGCCGGAGUUGUCCGCUGUGUUUCUGAUAUCUCCGGCUCUCCUCCCACUCUCGUUCGUCUGCGGAAACUUAAGUUUGCCAUAAAGGUUGACGGAGAUUACCUUUGGGUGCUGGGCUGUGCGGUGGAGCUCCCUGAUGUCAGCUGCAAGCGGUUUCUGGAUCAGCUAAUUGGAUUCUUCAAUUUUUACAACGGACCUGUUUCUCUGGCUUAUAAGAACCGUUCUCAGGAAGAACUGAGCACGGAGUGGGAUACCUUCAUUGAACAAAUUCUGAAAAACACCAGUGAUCUGCAUAAGAUAUUCAACUCCCUCUGGAACUUGGACCAAACUAAAGUGGAGCCCCUGCUGUUGCUGAAGGCAGCCCUCAUUCUGCAGACCUGCCAGCGCUCACCUCACGUCCUCGCUGGCUGCAUCCUCUAUCAAGGACUGAUCGUCAGCACCCAGCUGCCGCCCUCCCUCACUGCCAAGGUCCUGCUUCACCGAACCGCACCUCAGCCCCAGAGACUGCCCACGGGAGGGGACGCCCCGCAGGAGCAUGGAGCAGCGUUGCCCCCGAGCGUGCAGAUUAUCCCUGUGUUCGUGACCGAGGAGGAAUCCACCAGUCUCUGUGAGUUUCCAGCGGGACAGAUGACUAGCUCUCCUGCGUCUCCAGCCAGAGUCCACAACGGCUCAGCCCAGCACACCCCAAAGGGUGGGAGCACAUUGGCCCUGCAUGAAAAUGCCGGCGGGCAUGUGGCUUCCAUGGCCGGUGUGUCGGCAACCACCCCGGAGCCCACGGCCCCCGAUGAGGCGUGGCCAGGUGGCAGGAGGGAGAAUGGACACUUGCUUGGUCACGAUCUGGACAGCGCCGGGCACACAGGACUGCAUGAGAGCCGCUCCCUGGUGACGGAACUGGGCUUGCCCCAAGGGGAAUUGGACUGGUCUGAAAUCCACAUUCCAGAAGCUCCGGAAGUGGGAACGUCCUCAGGUCAUUUUGCUUUCCCAAGUGCAUGUGUCCCAGAUGGCAGUGGCCCUUGCCACAAGGAGUCUGUCAGUGACCCGAGCAGUCCGGAACCCUCGCCGCCAGAGGACACUACUGCACGCAGCCUGCUCCCGCCCUCCGCUCCCGAGAUGCUGACCCAGGACGGAGCCCCAGGACUGCGUGAAGACCCUGCUGGCAACAGCAGCCAAGCCCCUGUUCCCAGAGGAGACCUCCACUGCAGAAGGACCAGUGGGCCUUUGUCACCGCCUCACUUAGAUCCCGGGCAGGGAGGAAGUGAGCUUCCCGUGGGAGAACAAGGCACGGGUCGGUGUGUUGAUGGGGCCCGUGAGAGCCAUGCGGCCCCUGGUCCCGGGUGCAGUCCAGGCUUGGCGAACUGCCCGGGCACAGGCCCCUCUGCGGACAGAAUCGACUCCAGGAUGACCCCGGCAGGGUGCUGCGGGGGACUCGUGCGGAUGAACCUUUACACCCACAGUGUCAAAGGGCUGGUGCUGUCCCUGCUGGCCCAGGAGCCGCUGCUGGGAGACGGCGCAGCCAUAGAGGAGGUGUACCAUAGCAGCCUGGCGUCCCUGAACGGGCUGGAAGUCCACCUGAAAGAGACGCUCCCCAGAGACGAGGCCUCCUCCACCAGCAGCGCCUACAACUUCGCGCAUUACGACCGCAUUCAGAGCGUGCUGACGGCGAACCUGCCGCAGCCGGCCACCCUGCAGGACCGCCGCUUCCUCCAGGCCGUCAGCCUGAUGCACUCGGAGUUCGCCCGGCUGCCCUCGCUGUACGAGAUGACCGUCAGAAACGGCUCCACGGCCGUGUACGCCUGCUGCAACCCCGUCCAGGAAACCUACUUCCAGCAGCUGCCGCCCGCGGCGCGGAGCUCCGGCUUCCCGAGCGCCCAGGACGGCGCCUUCAGCCUGCCCAGCAAGGCCAGGCAGAAGCUGCUAAAGCACGGGGUCAACUUGCUGUGAGCCAUGCCCGCCCUGCGAAGUCCACCGCCCCAGGAGGACCGGGACGAGAACACCAGCAAAGGACGCUCUGCCUUUUUAAACAGAAAAAGUUCCUGUUUUAUUUUUCUUGGAAUAUUCCCUUUCGUAGGGACAUAAUGAUAUUGGAGUUUUUGUCAUUCCUUUUGCAGGUUGGGUGCAUUCGUGGGGGGCAUAGUUCUCUAGUUCACAGACUUGGUAAAGAACUCAUGACGGCGGCAGCGCUGGGGCCAGGAUGGACGCAAGCACUCCCGAUACCAGAGAGGGACAGGGACAGUUCGUUUCCCUGUCGUAUUGAGCCUGAGGUAUUUGGCAUUUCCCGCUGCGGUUCCAUCGCAGCCCGAGCUGGUGCCACAACAUUCCAGGUCGGCAUUUCUUCUAGAAUCUGACUGUCCCUAGUCCGGGGCGCUUGCUCAAGCCCGGGAGCAGGUGGGCAGGGUGGGGUGCGGCUAUGUGUGCGUAGCCAGGCCUGCCAGCAGGGAGACCCCCCGCCGCUUCUCGGGUGGGCUCCCUGGGAGGUAGGGACGUGAACAUGGGGAAGCCUUGUCACUCCGAAACCACCUUGUCUGGAUUCUGCUGCGACUAAACUCAAAUCUAGGGGCCUCGCUGGCGUACCCUCGGGCGGGUGGAGUCUUGACAAUGCAGGAGGGAGUCCGGGCUUCAGGGGUCACUUUAUAAAGCCCAGGGGGCUUGGGGCCCGAGAAUCCAGUGACAGCAGAGCCAAGCCGUGCCGCUUUGCUCAGAAGUGGGCUGUGCAGCUGCUUCCUAUUGAGCGUGUGUCCCCAAAUAGGAGUUUACAAGAUGUUUUUGGGUAAAAGCAGAACUGUGCUCUCCAGAGGUGGCUGUGUGAAGGGACCGGGGUUCGUUUGUAUGUUUCUGCACUGGUGUGCGACCUAAACUCAGUUCUGUUACACGACAGCCAGACAUUUUAUAAUAUGCUGUGUAUCACAGGGUGAAAAUAUUUAUCAAAACCUGAAAUGGAUGUUUACUGGAAGUAUCUGAGAUUCCAUUGAAAAUCGAGAUGUUAAUAAUUUCUUGUCAGUGAUGCUUAUGACAUGGUGUCUCUUUCUUGAAAUAAGUUUCCAAGGACUAAAAAGAAAAUAGCCAAAAACACUUUUGAGUUCUGAGUAAUUAAAUAGUAACAUUUUUAGAGGCAAAGUUAAGGGUUAAGAGAUUUUAUUUAUAUGUA